AUGCAAGACCUCAAAUUCAACCCUCAAACACUCCCAUUGUUUGCAUUUUCUUUCAACUUGGUAGAAGUAUAUAUAGCCAUCAUCAGGUUCACGGGGAAAAAAGGAACACAUGGUCAUGGAUUGCAGACAAAUAAGGAGAAAGCAUGGAAGAGAAACGUUGACUUUCUCGGAAAACGUACUAGGGAACCAGAGUACCGCCCCACUUGUCGUACCGCAAGAGCGCGGCAACUUCUUUUAG